UAGUCUACGGCGUAUUUCCUAAUAUUAGCGGGUUAGGGUUGUGUACGUGCCUCAGAUUUUCACUUUUUCACAUGGAGUCGGGCGGUUGCGGAUGAGCUAUUAUCAAUUGCGGGUGAACAAUCAGCUGACCUGCGCACCACUAGCCACCAUACAUUCAGCUUCCACGUCCGCCUAGAGAAAAUUAUUAUCUGUGAUGUUUCUCGAGUGACGUAAAAUCUAGUGGACGGGACGGGAGGUUUCUUCAGCAACCAUCUCGGUAACUCGCUAGCAAACAUGAAACAUUGAAGCUCUUUGGACUAAUUUAGUGUAUAUUAAUCACAUUGUUUUAAACUCACUGUAUAUGUAUGUACUAGUUACUCUGUUUAAGUUCAUAUUUACGGUAUCAGCUAUCUGGCUUGUUAAGUUAGCCCAGCACUAGGCUAGUCGCUAAUGCUAAAUAGCUAGCUAACGUCCCCGAACAUGAGCUCACUAAACUACUCUUCCUCUGCUAAAGAAAAUGAGGUCUGCUGUCCGGAGAAAGAAACUCCAGGGCUGAACAUUUACGUGAAAGAAGAAGAAUUUACUGUAAAAGAAGAAGAAUUUACUGUAAAAGAAGAGGACGUGGAGGAAGCUAUCACAGUGAAAGAAGAACAGGACGUUACAGUGAAGGAAGAAGACGCUUCAAUAUUGAAAGAAGAAGAGGAUGUUAGAGUGAAAGAAGAGGAAGAAGCUUUCAGAGUGAAAGUGGAGGGGGAUGAACAGAAAGAGGAGGGUGCCGUGUUUGUAGUGAAAGAGGAGGAGGAGGUGACUGUCACAUUGAAAGAAGAGGAGCAACUUUUUGAAAUGAAGGAAGAGGGGGAGAUUACUGUCACAUUGGAGGAGGAGGAGGAGGAAGAAGACGAGACUGGAGUUCUGAUGAACACCAGAGAGAGACUAGACUUUCAUUCUGACAGCGGGAAGAGUCCUUCAGGGGAUCCAGACCCAGAGACGCCUAAACCAGCAAGACGACACCACUGCUCCCAGUGUGGAAAGAGUUUUUCUAGGUUAGGAAGCCUGAAAUCACACGAAAGAAUACACACAGGAGAAAAGCCUUACCACUGCACUCAAUGUGGAAAUAGAUUUACCUCUUUAGGGACCCUGAAAGAUCACGUAAGAAAACAUACAGGAGAGAAGCCCCACCAAUGCUCCCAGUGUGAAAAGAGUUUCCCCCGGUUAUGGGACCUGAAAUCACACGAGAGGACACACACAGGAGAGAAGCCUUACCCCUGCUCCCAGUGUGGAAAGAGUUUUUCCACAUCGGGGUCCCUGAAAAACCACGAGCAAACACAUUCCGUAGAAAAGAUUUUCCGCUGUUCACAUUGUGAAAAGAGUUUUAGGAAUUUACAGUACCUGAAACGACAUGAGAAAAGACAUACGCGGGAGAAGACUUUUCACUGCUCCCACUGUGGAGUUAAAUUUACCUUGUUUCAGCAACUGAAAAAGCAUGAAAAAAUCCACAGCGGAGAGAAACGUUAUGAAUGCUCCCAGUGUGGGAAGAUAUUUACCCAGUUAGGGCACCUGAAAGACCACGAGGUAACACACACAGGGGAGAAGCCUUACCACUGCUCACAGUGUGGAAAGGAAUAUAACACAUCAAAUGGACUUAAAGUUCAUGAGAGAACACACAUACUGCUCCCACACUUGUCUCAUAUUUUUGACUGAGAAAUUGUGCUUUUAUGUUUAUGCUACAUGAAAUCAAAUCGUAUAAAGCAGAUUCCAAAUUACAUUUAUAUGUUUUUUAUUUAAACACAUGAACUGAAUAUGGUGUCUGUCAGUUGGAUAGUAGAGUUUGAAUGUAGACCUGAUUAAACUUUUUUAACCCCUGGCUGAGUAUGUCAGUUUAAAAGUAGAGUUUGAAUGUAGAUGCUCUGUGAUUAAAUUAUAAUUUUCAAACUCUG